AGUGGUUCGACAGCCGUGACGGCGAAGAGAAACUGGGUCAGCGACCAGGAGUCGUUUAUGUCACCACGCUGUGAGCUUCAGCUGCCGCUGCGGUCCCACACCAGCCGACCCUCUUCUCUGCGGACCUCAGAGGUUUUGUCGCAGCUGCUCGGGAAUCACACGUCAUGAGUGUAAAGUGACGACAUCGUCCUCGUGCUCUGACUCAGCAAUUUCAAACUUGAGCACAUCUGAAGAAGAAGAAGAGGACGACAAGAGCAGUGACAUACACAGUUGAGGCUCACGUGUGAAUGGAAGGAGAUGAUUUCAACACAGAGGCAGUGAUGAACAUCUGUGAUGACCUGAUGGCUGACCAGAGGAUGGACAUCUCUUCUACCAUGACUGACUUCAUGUCUCCAAACUCCACUGAGCUGAUCUCCUCGUCCAUCAGCAGCAGCAGCACCACGGCCAUGGACUUCACCAGGAAGAGGAAGGGCAGCUCCACUGACUACCAGAUUGAUGGAUUCUCUUUUGAUGACAUGGAUCCAGACAAAGACAAACUGGGCAGUGACCAACAGGGCCGGAUCAAGAACGCCAGAGAGGCUCACAGUCAGAUCGAGAAACGGCGUCGGGACAAGAUGAACAGCUUCAUCGACGAGCUGGCGUCGCUGGUGCCCACCUGCAACGCCAUGUCCCGGAAACUGGACAAACUGACGGUGCUGCGUAUGGCAGUGCAGCACAUGAAGACGCUCCGAGGAGCAGCUAAUCCGUACACUGAGGCCAACUACAAACCUUCCUUCCUGUCAGACGAUGAACUCAAGCACCUGAUACUGAGGGCUGCUGAUGGCUUCCUGUUUGUGGUUGGAUGUGACCGUGGAAAAAUUCUCUUUGUCUCUGAAUCAGUCUACAAGAUCCUCAACUACAGCCAGAACGACCUGAUUGGCCAGAGCCUUUUUGACUACCUUCACCCCAAGGACAUCGCCAAGGUCAAAGAGCAGCUGUCCUCCUCCGACACGGCGCCCCGUGAGAGGCUCAUUGACGCUAAAACUGGUCUUCCAGUGAAGACAGACAUCACCCCGGGUCCGUCUCGUCUCUGUUCUGGAGCCAGACGCUCGUUUUUCUGCAGGAUGAAGUGCAACAGACCUUCAGUCAAAGUAGAAGACAAAGACUUUCCCUCCACUUGCUCAAAGAAGAAAGCUGACCGUAAGAGCUUCUGCACCAUCCACAGCACAGGUUACCUGAAGAGUUGGCCUCCCACUAAAAUGGGUCUGGACGAGGACAACGAGCCUGAUAACGAAGGCUGUAACCUGAGCUGCCUGGUGGCCAUCGGCCGCCUGCACCCCCACAUCGUCCCCCAGCCCAGCCUGGCUGACAUCAGGGUCAAAGCCACAGAGUAUGUGUCCCGACACGCCAUCGACGGCAAGUUCGUCUUUGUGGACCAGAGAGCCACAGCCAUCCUGGCCUACCUGCCUCAGGAGCUGCUGGGAACGUCCUUCUAUGAGUAUUUCCACCAGGACGACAUUGCUCACCUGGCUGAGUGUCACAGACAAGUGCUGCAGAUGAGAGAGAAGAUCAACACCAACUGUUACAAGUUCAAGAUUAAAGACGGUUCUUUCAUCACACUGAGGAGCCGCUGGUUCAGCUUCAUGAACCCGUGGACCAAAGAGGUGGAGUACAUCGUCUCCACCAACACUGUGGUGUCGUGUCCAAUGAUGGAAGGAUCAGAUUAUCCUCAAUCUGCUGCUUCACCUCAGAGCAUGGACAGUGUUCUCACCUCAGAGGGUGGUGGGAGGCGGGCUCUGCAGACGGUGCCAGGAAUCCCAGGCGGCACGAGAGCAGGAGCUGGGAAGAUCGGACGCAUGAUCGCGGAGGAGGUGAUGGAGAUCCAGAGGAUCAGAGGCUCCUCCCCCUCCAGUUGUGGCUCCAGUCCUCUGAACAUCACCAGCACACCUCCACCUGACACCUGCUCACCAGGGGGCAAGAAGAUUCAGAAUGGAGGAACACCUGAGCUGCCGAGCACUGGAAUCAUCCCUGGACCUGAUUCUGUUGGGUAUCCAUACUCAAACCAGUCCAUCAUGAGUGAGUCUCUCUCUCUCUCUCUCUCUCUCUCUCUCUCUCUCUCUCACCAAUCAGGUGUUGGCAUCUAGAGAGGGAGUGGGCGGGGCAGAAAGAAAAU